GACAAGAAGUGGGAGGCGACGACACUGCACAGUGCAGCUCAGGCUUGCUUGAGGCUUCGUCUUCACGAGGAGGCUUUGACAAAGGUCACAGAGAGUUCCACCAUACUGGAUGACAUGGGCGAGCAUGCUGAGAGGGCUACAAUCCUUCAGACAGCUCUUGAGAUCCUCAUGGCCAAGGGCGACAGCCGCGCUUCUCUGGAGGUUUCCCAGGAGAUCCGACGACUGACGAAGGAGAUUGGCAAGCGCUCCCGAGAGGCGAACGCCAUGCUUAUGGAAGGGCAGAUCCAACACACCUUAGGGCAGUUCGAUUCAGCGCUGCGCCUGGCGCAAGAAGCCCAGGUGAUAUUUCAACAGAUUGGGGACAAGAAGGGUGAGGGCCUCAGCUGGAGCGUCGUGUCAGAGGUCCAGAAGAACAUGGGCGAGAAGGCCGAUGCUCUGAAAGCCUGCCGCACCACCCAGACCCUCUACCAGCAAGUGGGCGACAAACGUUCACAGGCUUACGCGAAGAAGAGCAGUACCACGCUCUUCGUGGCGCAGAGCUGCGAUGACGAGGCGGUUCAUUCUGCGAACGAGGCUUUGACCCUGGCGCGGGCCUCCGGCGACAUGAAAGCGGAGGUCGAGAUGCUGAACUUGGUGGCCCAAGCCACGCUGAACAGCAUUAUCAAGCGCAGCCAGGAGAUGGCAGACGAAGACGCCAUUCUUCACAUCAUGCAGAGGGAGGCAUGGCCUUGCCCUGGACUCAUUUGCAUAGCAGCGCAGCGCGAUAAGAUGUCUCCUGUCAGCAUUACCGCCGACAAAACCCCAAAUGCAGCUGCAAACAGCGAUAUUUCUAGUCGGCCGCGGCCGGGACAGAUGGGGACAGGACAUUUGAAGGAUCGGACCUGGUCAAAGCUGUCGAAGCAGUCCCGCUUGCAAAUCCGUUCUCUGCCAGGCUGGCAACGGGCCGUGCAGGUUUUUGCGGCUCAAGUCGCCAGUGCUUCUUGCUAUUUACGAAGGAUGUAG